ACCGGUCUGAUACUCUAUUAUAUACUUUUUGUAGAUUGAAAUUAAUUUGGGGUCUUCUUCCUCUUCCUGAUUCAUCUUCUCGGAUCAGAAAGUCUCUCAGAAAGGAAGAAAGCUCUUGUAUUAUGAUGAUGAUGAUGAUGGAGGCCAAGUUAUGGAACGACAAGAGAGAAAGAGAGAUGUACGACAACUUCGCAGAGCUCUUCGCAAUCAUCAAAGCAACAGAGAAGCUCGAGAGAGCUUACAUCAGAGACUUAAUCUCUCCUUCAGAGUACGAAUCCGAAUGCAACAAACUCAUCCUCCACUUCAAGACGCUCUCCGCUUCCCUCAAAGACACGGUCCCAAGCACCCAACGAUUCGCAGACACAUACAAAAUGGACUGUCCAUCCGCUCUCUACCGUCUCGUGACAUCAGGUGUUCCCGCCACCGUGGAACACCGAGCCACCGUGGCGGCAUCCACCUCCAACUCUGCCUCCAUUGUCGCUGAGUGUGUGCAGAACUUCAUCACGACGAUGGAUUCUUUGAAACUAAACAUGGUUGCUGUCGACCAGGUCUAUCCUCUCUUGUCUGAUCUGUCGGCUUCUCUCAGCAAACUGAGUAUUCUGCCGCCGGAUUUCGAAGGGAAGACGAAGAUCAAAGAUUGGCUUUCGAGGUUGUCGAAGAUGGGAGCAGCUGAUGAGCUUACGGUACAGCAGUCGAGGCAACUUCACUUUGAUCUUGAGUCUUCAUACAACUCUUUCAUGGCAGCUUUGCCUAAAGGUGGUAAUUGAAAAACCAAUGUAGGUUUGGUUUCUUGGUUUUCUUUGUUUUACUCUAUAGAUGGAGUCGAAUGUGCUUGUGUUGUUCCACCUUUCCAUUCAAUGUUCUUUCUGUA